AUGUCUUCCACCACUUCCUUUGUCCAACCAGACCACCGUUUAACUUUAAUCCCGGGGCCAAUCGAGUUCUCCAACCCAGUUCUCGCCGCCAUGUCCACUCCAAGUCAAGCACAUACAUCUCCUGAGUUUAUUGCUACUUUCCAAUCAGUAUUAAAGAACUUGCGUAAGUUAUUCAAGUCAACAAACCCAAAGACUCAAGCAUAUGUGUUGUCUGGUUCAGGUACUCUUGGAUGGGACAUUGCUGCCUCCAACUUGCUCACUGCCGGAGAUGAUGUGUUGGUUUUAUCUACCGGGUUCUUCUCAGACUCGUUUGCUGACUGUCUUAGAAUCUAUGGUGCUGAAGUUGACGUCGUCACAGCCAAAGUCGGAGAUGUUGUUCCAUUGGAUCAAGUCAAAGCUAAAUUAAGUGAAAAGUCUUACAAGGCCAUUACCAUUACUCAUGUUGAUACCUCUACUUCUGUUGUCUCUGAUGUUGAAGCUAUUUCUAAACUAGUUAAACAAGUCAGUCCAGAAACAUUAAUUAUCGUUGAUGGUGUUUGUUCCAUUGGUGUUGAAGAUUUAGAGUUUGACCAAUGGGGUAUUGAUUUCGUAUUGACAGCUUCUCAAAAGGCCAUUGGUGUUCCUGCUGGGUUGUCCAUCCUCUAUGCUUCCGAAAGAGCAUUGGAUAUCGCUUUGAACAAGAAGGAAACUACUUAUUUUGCCAGUUUAAAAAGAUGGACCCCCGUUAUGCAACUGUAUGAAUCAGGAAAAGGGGCCUACUUUGCAACUCCUGCUAUUCAGACCAUCACUGCCUUACGCGCUUCCUUGGAUGAAAUCUUGAGCGAGCCAUUAGACGCUAGAUUCGCCAAGCAUGAACAAGUGUCCACUGAAUUCAAGAAUGCCGUUAACAAAUUGGGAUUACAAAUCCUUCCUGUGUCAAGAGACGUGGCUGCUCAUGGAUUAUCUGCCGUUUACUUCCCCGAAGGGAUUGAUGGUAAUGAAUUGUUGAAGAAGUUGGCUCAAAAGGGAUUUACUGUUGCUGGUGGUAUUCAUAAACAAUUGGUCGGUAAAUAUUUCAGAGUUGGUCAUAUGGGUUACUCAGUUUAUGCUGGUCAUAUUCCUGCAUUUACCAAGGCCCUUGAAGAAUCUUUAAAAGAACUUAAGUAG